AACUUUCCUCGGUGUGGAACCAAAACGCGAAUAUGUCAGCUAAAUGUUCCCUCGUGCUCGGACGUCAUCUGCGUCCCUCCCACUCCGUUAUCCCUCUCUCCACUCACUCCUCCUCCCUCUGACCGGAUCCCUCAGUCCGUUCUCUCUCCAGCAGGCCCAACCCGCACAUCUGUCCGGCCCGGCCCGUACACCCACGCAGACCCCGCCGACUGCACACAGAGCGGGGGAUGAAAUUAGCAGGGACACGAACAGCAGCAACCCGGACUUUUGUUGGAAGAAAACCCGACCAGUCUCAUCGAAGAACCUCACAUAUCUCCUCAUCUGUAAACUGCUUUAUAGAUUUUCCACAAUCCUCUGAGAAAAAAAACAGAAUUUUUACUCCAUGGAAACAUGUAAAAAACAAUUCGGGAACUGGAGCAACUGCCCCUCUCAGAGCUAAACCAGCGGGCUGGACACACAGCGGGACCGUUAGGUUUACAGCCCUAUAACAGGAACCCGGACAACGCAGGGUGAGAGGAAUUAAACGACGUUUUUUUUUUUCUCCUUAAAGGCCGAAUUUCCCGCUUCUCAAUAAAAGAAAACAUCAACGUUGAUCCAUAAAGGUGGUUCUCAGUCCUGGUGCGGGCCGUGCUUCAGGAUGCUGGCGGAGCUGAGCGACUGGUUCUGGCAGGAGCGGCUGUGGUUUCCAGAGGGUCUGGGCUGGGCUGACCUGGAGGAUCAGGAUGGACGAGUUUACGCGAAGGGCCGUGAUUUAUGGGCGGCGCUUCCCAUCGCGCUGGUAUUCCUCAUUAUUCGGCAAAUCUUUGAAAGGACCGUGGCUACACCUCUGGCCUCUCUACUCGGUGUGAAAGAGACAGUUCGGCUCCAAGUCCCACACAACCCCUUCCUGGAGUCCUACUACUGUAAGGUGACCAAAAACCCCACACAGUCUUCAGUAGCAAGUCUUAGCAAACAGACGGGUUACUCAGAAAGACAAGUGCAGCGGUGGUUCAGAAGGAGGAGGAACCAGGACCGACCAAGUUUGCUGAAGAAGUUUCGAGAGGCCAGUUGGAGAUUUACGUUUUACCUUCUUGCUUUCAUUGCUGGCCUGGCCUCCCUCAUCGACAAACCUUGGCUGUAUGACACGAAGGAGAUGUGGCAAGGCUUUCCUGUGCUGACUCUGCUGCCAUCUCAGUAUUGGUACUACAUGAUUGAGCUUGGGUUUUACAGCUCUUUGCUCUUCAGUGUGGCCUCUGAUGUCAAACGUAAAGACUUUAAAGAGCAGAUAGUUCACCAUGUAGCGACCAUCCUCCUCAUCAGCUUCUCCUGGUGUGUGAACUACAUCCGUGCUGGAACUCUCAUCAUGCUGGUUCACGAUUCCUCCGAUUACUUACUUGAGUCUGCAAAGAUGUUCAACUAUGCUGGGUGGCGAAAUGCCUGUAACUACAUCUUCAUCGUUUUUGCUGCAGUCUUCAUCAUCACCCGCCUCAUAUUCUUCCCCUUCUGGAUCAUUUACUGUACGUGGGUUUACCCGGUGACCAUCUACCCGCCUUUCUUUGGCUACUACUUUUUCAACGGACUGCUUAUGGUUCUGCAGUGUCUCCAUAUCUUCUGGGCUGUUCUUAUCAUCCGCAUAGCAAUCCGCUUCCUCACCCACAAUGAAAAAGUGGACGAUGACCGGAGUGACAAAGAGGAAACAGACGAAUCAGAGGAGGAGGAAGAAGAGGCAGAGGAUAAAAAGCAACCAAAGAAAAACGGGCCCAUGCAGAACGGCCACACAGUCCACAACAACAACCACGGCAAGAUGGAGUGAAAGCAGACAAGUGUGAGCCGGAAGUAGAGCGAGGAGGACUCGUGAAAAAUGGAUGACAAAGAAGAAGCGAUGGAGAGGGGGAGGGAAGGUUUUCCCUAAAUGUAGAAGAUUCAACACUGUUACUUUAACACAAUCACACACACGCUGACUCAAACCUUUAGAGAACACGGAUAUCAAGAUCAACACUACACUAAGUGGCACUGCUGUUGCUUUGUCACCAGAGGAAUAAACGUAUCGUUGUCUUCAUUAAAUAUUUGUCCAACAAACUUUUGUUUGAGACAGGAGAGAACAUGAAGAGGUUCCAGGUGUGGAGGAGAAACAGGAAGGGUGGUGCUGCUGCUUCUACUUUAUCUUUCAUGUUUUAACUGCGUGCCUUAGAGCCAGCCGGUAGCUGCCAAAAAGCCAUUUUAUGGCUUUCUGCUUUAAAACUGUGCUGCUUUGUUACAUUUUUAUGUCGUUUUUUUUAUUCAGUUUUGUAAUCACGAAGACAUCAACACGAAGUGAAAACUACUUGGAUAAACGUGAGAUACUGGGGCAUUUCUUUGUCUAUGUAACAAUAUUUCUGUUAGCUGUUACGGCAUCUUUGCACAAACAUAGGAAGGAAUAUUUUGCAGUCAGUGCAGCCUUGUGCCAUUUAUGACAUAUUCUAGUUUCUGCUUUGAAAGAAAUUGUCUCGUUUCUGUUCAGUCUUUGUCCAACAGAGCUCAGUUUGUACAAUUC